AUGAAGUGGACUUUCUUUUGGCUUGUGGCUGCAUGGUGCCUGAUGGCAUUUGCCGCCUACUCCGACGAGGAAAUGCAGGCGCUAGUUGCCCUGAAGGGCAAAAACGCCGUCAUUGAAAUCCGUGACGAUAACUUUGAAAAGUUUCUUUACGGUGACAGAGACUACCACAUUGCCUUGUACAUGGCCCUGGACCUGCCCCAGCUCAAUUGUGCCUUGUGCCGUGAAGUUCACCCGCUGUUUACUACGAUUGGUGCUUCUUGGGCCCACGCUUAUCCACAUGGCUUCUCUGAGGAGGAGAAGUUGGACCAGGGAAGAACGAACAUCUACUUCUUGGAAGCCGACUUUAUGAAGGCCAGGAAGCUCUUCCAGCUCAUGCAAUUGGACCUGAUCCCCAAGAUCUACCACUUCCCUCCCUCGGUGCCGGGCGCCAAAGCCAACUCGUUCCUUACCCAUAACGGCCAGUACCAGUUCUACCAGGGCGACCACACGCAGUUGAUUGCCCAGUGGAUCCGUGAGAUCACGGGUGUUGCCGUGGAGAUCCACGUGCCCUUGGACUACGGCAAGGUGGCGUUGAACGCCGUGAUCACCUUUGCGGUUGUGCUGCUCCUCAAGAGAUACAGCUCCUACGCUAGCGCCGUGUUCCGUUCCGCCUACGUCUGGGGCACCUUGUGCUCUGGCGCCAUCCUUAUGUUCACGUCGGGCUACAUGUUCAACCAGAUCAGAGGAGCGCCAUACUUCAGGGAGACCGAGAACUCCGUGGAGUACUUUGCCAUGUCGCCUCAGAACCAGUAUGGCUUGGAGACCCAGGCCAUUUCGUCCUUGUACGGCUUUUUGGGCUUGAUGUUCGUCUUGUUGACCUCCAAGAUCCCCAAGAUCAACAACUCCAAGGCCCAGCUUCUUGCUGUGACCGUGGUCAGCGCCUUGAUCUACCUCGCCUACAGUGUCUACUUGUUCUUCUUUGGUUUCAAGUCCCAGGGCUACCCAUACAAGCUCCUUGACAUCAUGAGGUUGUAG